GAUUCCUCAAUUAUUUUGUUGAAGCUUUUGUUGAAAUUGUAAUUUUUUUUUUGUUGGGAUGAAGUUUACAAGGCUGAAUCUACGUCAUCUGUUGAAUCUCGAUCCGAUAAUCUAAAUUAAGAGUGACGGGCUACACAGCCUUAUACUCGGGUAGAUCAUGCCCGUGCAUGAAAUGGAUGUGCCAGAAAAAGUACAGCUGGCAUGGAAACUCUUGGGAAUUCACCGAAUGGUUUACGAGCUUGCUACGGAACGGACUCGACAUGAAGGCAACGACUCGAUAAUUGCUCGUUGAUAUAACUAUACCGUUUCCGUCGGAUCGAAGAGGUAGAGAACAAAGAUGUUGUGAAUGAAGAGGAAUAUGUUUGUAUCACCAAGUCGUGGAGGAGUUGCACCUUGUAUCAGCUCCACACUACUAUCUGAGUUCUGGCCAUGAAAAAUAGAAACAAAUAUCAUGAGUCGCAAAAAGAAUGAACCAGCCGACUCCGAAGAAAAUCUCCGAAGACUCCUCAAACCAAGAUGUCUCCUCAUCUUCCUCCACCUUGCAAGUCUGUUUUGGAAAUCAAUUUUUUUCUUCUUGAUGCACAAGGCCAGUCUAAAAGAAAAUUCUGGAAAGGAAUAAAAGUCGACAAUGAAGCCUUUUACACAACUUCUCGAUGCGUCGCAUUUUUUUGAUAGAGAAAUUUUUAUCCCGAGCAUCGAUUCCUCGUACGAAAACCGAAACAAUCUGGCAGCAUACUACACGCAAUAAGGGCUGAAUAAGAGUAGUCGACACGACUCAUGGCCAGAAACGAUAGAAUGCUCCUGCCGUAUAGCAUUCAAGUUCCCUCGAAAAAAUCUUCUUUGUUGGAGUAUCUGGUUUUCAUUCGAGAGACAACACUUGUUGUCUCGAGUAUUUUGAAACCAUCCAUGCUAUGCAAAAAACACAGCCAUUUACUGUCGAGGAAAAAAACCAGACUGGUACGAGAAGAUUUUUAAUAUGCGCUUGGCUACAAGAAGGCGAACUCCUCUCUCACUUUGGUUCCCUCAAACAUUCGGUCCAGCUCGCCUGAAGUGCAAGCACGUUUUCGUAUAACAGGGCUAUUGUUCGACAUGCGAUGUAGAUGAAUGAGAGUAUAUGCUCGAGCAAAUCAGGAAAUUCAUUUCCUAAAAGAUCCAGGAGUGAAUGAAUAUCCUGGCGCCACAUUCCAGCAGGCAUGUCGUAUUUUGACGCUAAUCGCAAAAUAUCAAGGUUCACAAGUUGAUGUCGAGAGGCCAGAAAGAAAUUGUGCUUUCCGAGAAAUGGGGUUCUAUGCAAGGUAAUCAGAGCUUAUUACUGAUUAUUAUAAUGUUUUCAUUCUCCAAUAUGGUACCAGCUUUUAACGGUACUUGUUAUGAGUACCUAGGAGGAGUUGAACGGUAUAGCAUGGCCAUUGAAGAAGACAACAUUCGAAAUCGGGAGGUUGGACAGGCUUAGCACGUCAUCGGUAUUCAAAGGCUUCCGACAAAGCCCCCCGAUUGGUCAGCUUUAUCAUCACUUCGCGAUUCUUGCACGACCAGUCGCCAUCCAUCCAUUCUGAGUCUGCGUUAGAUAAUAACAAUAUGGUUAUAGUUAUACCCUUCCAUUUGAUCGGCAGGCUAAUGAGCAGUUAGUCGUCCGCAGAAAUCUGAUUAUAACGAAACCUACUGUUAUCUCAUCAUGGCGGUUUUCAUACGCCCAUCUUUCCAGCUGGUAUUGAAUCGUCACCGGAAGGGUAUCGAGAGUGGCAGUAGUAGGUUGGCUAUAAACUGUUGAGAUCGGAGAAUCAUAGGUGCCCCGGAGCCUCCCACGACCACUGUGGUGAAGUGUACCCGGCGGAUUGGGCGUCGAAGUGAAUGGCAGUAGUAUCGAUCUGGUGUCUCUGACGAUCGUUGCUACUCGGCUGCGCAAUAUGUGCAGGAGCAAAGAGGAAAUGUAGUAUUCUUUGUGAUAAAAAUGGGACACAAAGCUAUCUGGAUCUGGAGGAAGCAGACUGCAAAGUAUGUAGUAUUGAAAGAAAUGAGGAUAGAAAUGUAUUUGACUACUCGGCUGUGAAGAAGUAAAGGAGGUUGUGUUGCGACCGAGUGUGCUAUGCGAAGGGAGGAGAGAUAUAUAACCAAUCAUUUAGGCAUCCAAAUCUAUCUUUCGAACCGUUUGCCA